AUGUCGACUGAAGCUUCUACUGGGCUAGAAAGCACUGUAUUGCUACUCCAAGGCUUGAAGAUGGAGAAACUUCAAGGUCAGGAUGAUUGGGAAGCUUGGUAUCAAGCCCUGGCCAUAUAUGCAGAAAUGUUCGAAUUGCGGAAUGUGAUCGAAAAUGGUCAACAUUACAGAGAAAGAUGUUUCCAAAGCCUCAAGAAGAGAUUCGCAAGACAGACAGUGCAACGUCGAACCCGGGUCAAGGCGAAAUAUCCCAAUGCCUCUGACGAGAUGCUCAUCGCGGCGACUCUAGCUUACCAUAAGUCAGAGAAGGAGAAGGACAACAUUCAAAUGAAAGAUACAGAGAUAAAGGACCUAUAA